UUUUCUUAUUUUAGUGUUAUUUUGACGGAUAAAUAAUUUGAUUUGCCACAGUCAUACACUGUAUCAUAUAGCGCUACACACCCUUCGGUUACUGCGUGUUUUUAGUGCUGGCAUACAACUAAUUUCUCUUGUUCUCUCACAUGAAUUCAGCAAUAACGAGGAUUUUUAUUUUGAAAAUCUUCCGUCGGGUUCGUACAACGGUGUUUAAAAACACGGAGGGAAAAAUCUUCAAGGGACACGCGUGUUAACCGACGACCUUAUAUGUCAGAAUACGUAUUGCCAGUAUCUUUAGUGUGUCUUUGUUUCGUUUAUUUUACAAAACAUUCCUGUCAUGCAAAAGUCACAUCCGGACGGCGUUCAUCAGCCGCUGGCUUUCUUUGACUUGGAGACCACCGGACUGGGUCACAGGUGUGAGAUUGUCCAGCUGGCCGCAGUGAGCGGAGGCCACUCACUCAACCUGUACGUCAUCCCUCGGUGUCGGGUGCAGCGAGGAGCAGCCAGAGUGACCGGCUUCAGGGUCCACAGACAGAGACUGUACCUCCAUCGACAACUUGUCCUCACCAACUCCCUGCGAGAGGUCCUGGUCUCCUUCAUAGCUUUCCUCCGGAUGCUCGGACGCCCGCUUGUCAUCGGCCACAACAUCCGGCGCUUCGACUGCCCGCUGUUGGCUCGAGCCCUCGACGAGCUGGACCUCAGAGCAGAGUUUGACUCAUCGGUCUCGGGCUGUGUUGACACCCUGCCGCUGGCUCGUGAGAUGCUGAAGGACCGCGCCCUGCAGAGUUUUCGUCAGGAGAACCUGGUCCGGGAGCUGCUGGGUGUGGACUACAAGGCCCACGAUGCUUUGGAGGAUGUACGGGCAUUGCAGGCCCUGUACAGCGUGCUUCGGCCCACACCAGAGUUGAUCUGUAGGCACAGGUUCACUUUGGACAGCAUGGAAAACAAACCAGCCGCUAAAUCUGAAGUUCCCUGUAGACUAAUGGAACAGCGCCCCCUGUGGGAGCACUUCAGGCAGACGAUGAAAGUCACAGAGAGCACAUCAGACAGCCGUGAAGGAGAACUUAAUGAAUUAUAAAAAUUUUGACAUCUAUAAAUUAUUUUCAGAUUGAGAGAAGAAUACUGUUAACAAACGAGACGAUAACACAGAAGACUGGCAGCCCUCAUCAACAUCGAACACAAGUGGAUCCACUGGAUUCCUUUACUGACUGAUGGUGGAACGAAUGAAAAACUAAGUGGAGAAAAUCAGUGAAGCAAAAAACAAAACAAAAACUUCAGAGCAAACGAAUACCAGCAGCAAUAGUUUGUGGAAGCUUUUGAAGGGUGAGAGACAAUGUGUGCACAUCUGGAAGUAACGCAGUAGCCUGGAGGGUCUGGAGGGUCUGGAGGGCCUUGAGGGCCUGGAACCUUGUUUGGCUUUGUUUCCACAUUCAAAUCUCUAAGCUUCAGUCUCACUCUUACUCCAAAAACACGCACUUUAAUUUAUUGGACGAUACUGAGCAGAUUGGAGACGUGAGGGUCUGUUGGCAGCUGUGGUAAGACUUUCAACUCCUAAGUGUGUACAUGUUUUUAUUUUGAAUUUACUUAUUUUGAUGACAGGAAAGUUUUACUGGAGGUAAACAACUGCUAAUAAAUGUAUUUAUACACUUUC